AUGAAAGAGUUCACUGUUGUACAUUGUAGGCCUACAUAUAGUCAACAUCAUAUACAUCCAUACGUGCGGUCGAAACGGAAAUACCUACCGUUCAAGGAUUGUAUCGGAGCCAUAGACAGAACACAUGUUAGUGCAUGGGUUACGAGGCUAGAUGCCGCAAUGUAUUUCGGUAGGAAAUACUGUCACACACAAAAUAUCAUGGCCACGUGCGAUUUUGACCUGUGUUUCAUCAUUGUUUCACUUGGAAGGGAAGGAAGUAUGCACGAUAGUUGCAUCUUCAAUGAGAUUGUAAUAAAUGACAAUGUCCCAUUUCCACAUCCUAAAGAAGGAAAAUGUUAUCUUGUCGAUGCUGGCUAUCCGAACCGGAUAGGUUACCUGGCACCUUUCAAAGGCAACCAUUACCACCACCAACAAUUCUGCAAUACUAAAGAGAAUAGGACAGCAAAUAACCCUAGGAAAUUAUUUAACAAAGUUUACUUGUCGUUACAUAGUGUGGUGGAACGGAGAUUUGGCAACUCGAAAAAUCGAUGGGGGUUUAUUAGAGACGUGCCUCGGUAUGAUUUUGCAAAUGUGCAAGUUCAGUUAGUCGAUGUGUCAAUGGCAUUACAUAAUUCUAUAUACCAAAAUACAGGCAAUCCAACAACUGUUAAUCCCUAUUUCAAUGAAGAAGAGGCCAUGGCUUUUGUGAAUGUCAUACCAGAAGUUGAACAUGACAAGGAUGGUUUAAUGGUUGGGGAUAAGGACCCGCAUAUGGCGUUGGUGGGACUUCGCAUACGGGACAAGUUAGUGUACAUGCGUAAUAACGACUAUUUAGGAAAUAUAUAA